UUCUGAGGUAGAGGAGGGGUUGUGGCAUUUGAGUGGAAAAAUUUGUGCUAAAUCAGAGCAGCCAUUGGUGGUACUGAUAGCUUCCAGAAAAAAAUCUACACAAAAAUCUAUCACUCUCAAAGCUUGGCUUAGUGAUAAUGUUUAUCAGUUUGAUCCCACACAAAUCCCACCUCCCAUUGUUUUUGCCCACUUGCAACAUGGAAACAAUCCAGUCUCAGGGGCUAAGGUUAUUGCCACCAUUCAUCAUCAAGAUGGGCAAAUGGAUUCAUUUGAGCUAUUUGACUAUGGCAUAGGAGAUCCAGAUAUAACUAAAGGAGAUGGGAUCUAUUCAAGAUAUCUUACAACAGUUACAACAGCUGGACACUAUUGGUUAACUAUAUCUGCUAAUGAUAAUAAUGGAAGUGCAAAGGUUUUAUAUGGUGGCAAUAGUAAAUCAAUGCCUAAAAAUCCAAACCAUCACCAAUAUUGUUGUGGAAGUUACAUUUCGGAAUACGGUGCUGCACCAACAGAAAAGUUCAUGCGACAAGUGAAUUAUGGAAGUUUUUUUGUGACCAAUGACAAAGUUAAUAAAGACAUUUACCCACCCAAUAGAAUUGUAGACUUCAGGGUAAUGCAGGUAGACCAACAGAGUAAACAAGUGUUGUUAGUGUGGACUUCACCAGGAGAUGACUAUGAUAAGGGACAAGCCACAAGCUAUUUUAUAAAAUACUUUGAUAAACGUGGAGAUGUGUUCAAUCGAUUUAACGAAGAUGUAGGUAAGAUAGUAGAUAUCUGGAACAUUAAUGGCCCACCACUUGUACCAGAAAUCUAUGGAACAGAACAAAAAGUUCUGGUGGAUCUACACAAUAGUCAUCAAGACAAAAUCUUUUAUUUUGGAAUUCAAGGUGUAGAUAAAGCUGGGAACAGGGGCACUGUAUCUAAUAUAGUAGCCGUCUUCUUCAGCUCAAAACCAGUAUCCCCUACUGUAAGUCAUUCCAUAUCCUUGAACUCUACAGUGUCAUCUUCAACACAAGACCCAGCUACUGACAAGAAACUUAAGAUGAAUAAAGGAGGACUGUCAACUGGUAACAUAACAUUAAUUGUGAGCCUUAUUGUACUAUUGCUUAUAAUUAUUCUAGUCCUCCUUGUCUUUUUGUGUAAGAGAAAAAGUAAAAAUAAAAAACUUCGUAGUCAGUCAAGUAAUAAACCUUCAAAGAUUAAAAAGGAUGCAGUUGAUAAUGUAGACAGUGGUUAUGGUUUUGAAGAAGAAGGAUGUGUAAAGGAAACAUUACUUAGUCCUGUCAACCCUUCACCAGCUGAUGUUGUGGUAUAGAAGAAAGCUUUGUAUGAUAUCAUUGAACUACAAGACACUUUCAGAUAUCGAAUUCAACCUGUGGAGAAUGUUUAUACAUACUCAAUUUCUGAUAGACCAAAUCUUAUUUAAGCCUUUUUAGAGCAGUUUAGUGAUGGUCAGUUGUUUAAAAAAGUCAUGUCAUUAUCAAUCAUUGCUAAACAAUAACAUAUGCUGGAGCUUGAGUGGGAUAGUUAUUCUGUGUGUGUAUAUAUACAAUUAAUGUAGAGUACACCCUUAAAAUUCUGGUAUACACUGUCAACUACAAGACGUAACUAUUGAAAUUUAUAUCUGCAGGCAUGAUCUUGAGUAGUUCAUUUGAAAUUUAAAAUGCAAAUAAAAAAUGUAUCUAAGUUUUUUUUUGUGUGAUUAAUUUGAAAACUUCACCUUAAUUUCAAAACUGAAAUCUAUAGUUAAAUGACAAACAAAAGUCACAAGUGUACAUUAAAUAAUAAUCUGUAUUCUCAUAACUUUCAACAUGCCUUGAAUUUCCUUGGACAUUGUGUACUUGUAAUAUUCACUUUUACAACCAUAUAUCACUAGAGUUACUUAGUGAAGAAGAAUUAGCAUACAUGAGAAAAAAUGAGUGAUACUUUUUGUAAAAAAAAAAAAUUGGUUAUACACUUCUAACUCCUUAAAGACGGGAAUUUAAAUUUCAGUUACAAAGUGCAAUUAAAUAAAAGAAAUAGAACAAAGAUUAGUGGCAGUUGUUUAAUAAUGAAAGUUAAGUACUGCUGUGUGUUGACCAAAAUGUGAAUUUUUCAUUAACUUUUGUUUGUGUAACAUUUAUCCAAGAAUUUAUUGCUUUAUUUUUAAGUUUUAUGUAUUUGUUUUUUUGUAUAUAAAACUUCUAAAUUUCAAGAUGUAUUGUAGAUUCUUGAAGUAUAUGACAAUGGCUUAUAAAAGAACAAUAAUUUAAUUAAGAGUAUUUCAAUAAAACAUAAAUAAAUAUUUUUAAAUAUUGUA